AUGAAGGAUCGGACUCAGGAGCUGCGGAGUGCGAAAGACAGUGAUGAUGAGGAGGAGGUGGUCCAUGUGGAUCGGGACCACUUCAUGGAUGAGUUUUUUGAACAGGUAGAAGAAAUCCGGGGCUGCAUUGAGAAGCUGUCGGAGGACGUGGAACAGGUGAAAAAACAGCAUAGUGCCAUCCUGGCCGCCCCCAACCCAGAUGAGAAGACCAAACAGGAGCUGGAGGACCUCACUGCAGACAUCAAGAAGACGGCUAACAAGGUUCGGUCUAAGUUGAAAGCGAUCGAGCAAAGCAUUGAACAGGAGGAAGGGCUGAACCGUUCCUCCGCGGACCUGCGCAUCCGCAAGACUCAGCACUCCACACUCUCCCGGAAGUUCGUGGAGGUAAUGACCGAGUAUAACGCGACCCAGUCCAAGUACCGGGACCGCUGCAAGGACCGGAUCCAGCGGCAGCUGGAGAUCACGGGGAGGACCACGACCAAUGAAGAACUGGAGGACAUGCUGGAGAGCGGGAAGCUGGCCAUCUUCACGGACGACAUCAAAAUGGACUCGCAGAUGACGAAGCAGGCGCUGAAUGAGAUUGAGACAAGGCACAACGAGAUCAUCAAACUGGAAACCAGCAUCCGCGAGUUGCACGACAUGUUUGUGGACAUGGCCAUGCUUGUGGAAAGCCAGGGCGAGAUGAUCGACCGCAUUGAGUACAACGUGGAACAUUCCGUGGACUAUGUGGAGCGAGCUGUGUCGGACACCAAGAAAGCUGUGAAAUAUCAGAGCAAGGCCCGGAGGAAGAAAAUCAUGAUCAUCAUUUGCUGUGUGGUGCUGGGGGUGGUCUUAGCGUCAUCCAUUGGGGGGACGCUGGGCUUGUAG